CCGGUACACAAACCUACACACCGCCAUCCCCCCUCUGCUUUACGCCCAAUUUCUUUUUUAAUUGACAACAAUUUCUCCCACUCGGUCAGGGUACAGUAGGAUGACUGGUAAGACUCCCACCAGCAACGUGACCAACAAGAAUGACCCGCGUUCCCUCAACUCCAGAGUCUUCAUCGGCAACCUCAACACGGCGGCGGUCACCAAGGCCGACAUCGAAGCCCUCUUCGCCAAGUACGGCAGGAUCGUGGGCUGCUCCGUCCACAAGGGCUUCGCCUUCGUCCAGUACGGCAGCGAGAGGAACGCACGAGUGGCUGUAGCAAGGGAGAACGCCAGGGUCGUCGCUGGACAGCCCUUGGACAUCAACAUGGCGGGAGAGCCCAGACCCUACAGGCCAAAGUUGGUGGGCUCCAAGAGGCCCCUCUCCUCUCUCUACAGUGGCUAUGAGUUUGACUACGACUACAGAGAGGAUUUCUACAGCAGAUUAUUUGAGUACCAUGGGCGCAUGGUGGCACCCCCCAUUCGGGCGCCAAUACCCGCCAAACGCUCUCGUGUUGUGGUUCCGUCCCUGCGGCGAAUCAAAUCUUCGUUCCCUGUCAGGACCUGCUCUGACUCUUCCUCCUCCUUUUCUUCAUCCAGACCUCUUCCUCCGUCCUCGCAUCUACCUCUUCCGCUCACUUCUGUGUCUUCGGCUGCAGGACCUCAGUUGAAGACCGACCAGUUGGUAACCAUCAAACGGGAGCUGUCCCAGAUCAAGACCAAGAUCGACUCUCUACUGGGGCGUCUGGAGAGGAUUGAGAGACAGCAUCGCACAGAGGCAGCAGUCCAGAGGAAACAGAGAGGUGUGUAUAAGUGUCUCCAUGCCGAGACAGCGGACCUCUCCGGAGACGUGGAGGCGGGAGAGAUGACAGACGAAGGCCACGAGGAUGUCUUUGAUGAUGAAGGCACUAACGAUAUGAUAGAAAACCACUUAUCAGACAUUGACAACUGAGAGAGGUCAGUUAUCCCUCAGGGUGGUAAAAUUAAGCCUUAUUGGUGGUUUGAAGAACAAAUAGUGAAGGUCAGGACCUGAAAGACCAAUCAAUGGAAUAAAGGAAAAGACGGUCAAGGGAAAGACUCUCAUGGACUCCAGUGUGCUUGAUUGCCCAUCAAGACACAACACUGUGCAUAUUGCUGCGGCACUACAAUGUUGUACUUUCAUUUCAUACAAUACAUGUACCAGAUCCUGUACGCCGACUACUGUGUUUUAUUCUAGUAAUCUCAGAAAUGAGUUGACGCAGGGUGAAAAGGAGUCACUCUCAUUGAGUGCGGUUACAUGCACACAAUAAUGCGACUAUUGUGGAUAGUCAGAUUAAUAUAAUAGUUCGAUUAAAACGUU